AUGGCAGCAAGUUUCGUCCUAGCUCGGAUUAUGUCCAACAUGAUCUGGCAGGGUGAUGCCCAAUGUCCACCCUGUACUCUUCUUUUCACUUUGUGCACUUGGCCAAAAUUCACUGCCAUUUGUUGGACAGAUCACAAUAUGGUAUAUUUUGCGUUGGCACCGUUCGUACGAAGUCUAGUGGUUUCUCUCUUCUACCACGGUGGAGUUGUUGGUUUCGUAGUUUCUACUAUUUGGUUCUUAGCUGCUCUUCUUUACUUUUGGGGACUGUAUAUUACCAGCAAAGCUUUGACGUAUAUCACUACUCACUACAGAGGUUAUGAUGAUGUUGAUCCCGAAAGAGUACAAUUCAUAGAGCAGAUGUUACGAGACAUGAUUGACGAAAUCAAGCAGAAAGAGUUGGAUAUUGCGGCUGGAGCUAUUCUCAGCGCCGAAGAGGCAAAAACAACAAAAGAUGACCUUUCAAAAAAUACCAAAAGGAAAGCAACCUCAAUACAACAGCCAAAGGAUGGGCGACAGGACGAAAAGUCAAAAGUUGAAUAG